AUGUCUUCAAAAAUCUGGUUGAUCACCGGUUCCUCCGCCGGCAUGGGCCGUGCUAUGACAGAGAUUGUCCUGUCCCAAGGAGAUAUCGUCGUAGCCACUCUGCGCAAGCCCUCAGCCAUCGACGACCUGGUGCAGAAGUACCCCAAGGAACGGCUGCUCGUCGUCCGAGUCGACGUCAGCAAGAAGGACGAGAUCGCCGCGGCCUUCGAGAAGGCGCGCGAGGUCUACGGACGCAUCGACGUUGUCUUCAGCAACGCAGGCUACGGGAUCCUCGGCGAGACGGAGAGCGUGCCCGAGGACACUGCGCGCAAGUUGUUCGACACUAACUUCUGGGGCGCGCUCAACGUCGCCCUCGAGGCGAUCCGUUUCUUCCGUGAUGUCAACAAACCGCAAGGCGGGAGGCUGAUCAAUAACUCGAGUAUUGUCGGCGUCACCCCAAGCCCCGGUGUCAGUUUCUAUGGUGCCACUAAACACGCCCUUCAAGGCGUUAUGGAGUCGCUGGCGAAGGAGCUAAACCCUGCGUGGAACAUAAAGAUAAUCAACCUCUGCCCGGGUCGGUUUGCGACUCGAGGAGUGACAUCGGAUUCCAUGGUCACAACGAACCCGCUUCCAACAUAUGACUUCGAGGGUUCCCUCACCAAGCUGAUGCGCGGCGUCAUGCCCAGCGCAGCUCGCCCAGGUGAUGCGGUUAAGGGGAUGCAGGUCGUCUAUCACCAACUAGCCAAGCUGGAAGACCCACCGCUCAAUAUCCCUCUCGGCAAGGAUGCUGUGAAGGGCUUCGGAGACACGGCGAAGCUGUUCAGCGACACUGUGGUGGCUUGUGCGUCGUUCUCCGAUAACGUCUCCCACGACGAGUAG